AUGCCGCUCAAUGUCUUUCGCGUCGUCGGGGACUUCUCCCAUUUGGCCUCCAUCUUCAUUCUUCUCCACAAGAUGACCGCCGUCAAUGGGUGCUCCGGCAUUUCCUUCAAGUCCCAGGCCUUGUACUUAUUAGUCUACGUUACCAGAUAUCUAGACCUCUUUAGCACCUCGAGCAUCUAUAAUAUCGUCUUCAAGAUCCUCUUCAUCAGCAGCCAGGGCUACAUCAUUUACCUCAUGACAACCAAGUUCAAACCCACCCACGACCCGAACCUCGAUACUUUCCGUGUCCAAUAUCUCCUGGCCGGCGCCGCCGUCCUCGCCGUCCUCCUACCGUACAAGUACACCGUGUCGGAGAUUCUCUGGGCCUUCUCUAUCUGGCUAGAAUCCGUCGCUAUCCUUCCGCAGCUGUUUAUGUUGCAGAGGACCGGCGAGGCCGAGGUCAUCACUACUCACUACCUGUUCGCGCUCGGUAUCUACCGCACCCUUUAUAUCCCCAACUGGAUAUACAGGUACAUCACCGAGCCCAACCAUCAGAUCGAUUGGAUCGCCAUCGUCGCAGGCAUCAUCCAGACUAUCUUGUACAGCGACUUCUUCUGGAUCUACUACCAGAAGGUCCUCAAGGGCCAGAAAUUCAAGCUGCCCGUAUAG